AACAAAUAGCAAAAAUGCAAUCUUAUGAUGUACAAAGGUUGUCAUCUAUUUGUCAAUAUUUUAGGUUGCUUUUAGAAGAAAAAAAAAAUAGAAGCAUCAGAAGAGGUAUCUGGAGUACUGAAUACAUGUCUCGCUGUUUUAGAGGAUGGGCAAAGGAUUAUCUUGUUCAAGAUUUCUUAUCUAGUUACCAGCAAGGAAAAUAUGCAAAAAGAAUAUUGUUACUUGAUGAUGAAGACAUUAAGUUGGCUGCUUUGCCAAUUACUAUUUCAGAACCAACCGUACGAAAGUUCAUGCAUUUGUGGAAAUUUCACAAAAAAACUAUAGGAAAACAAGUAGAAAAAAAAAUAGAAGACUAUAAUGAUGAUGAAAUAGAGAUAAUUAUCUUACCAGAACGGCUUGAAAUUUGGGAUUCUCACCAUGUGUUAGUUACCCAUGAUGAAGUAUAUUUCUAUGCUAAUGAUGAUAAUUCAUUCUUUUGGGUUGAAAAUAAUAAAUCUUUCAUCAAGAAAAAAGGUCAAGGGUCUGCAAUUAUGAAUGCUUGUAUUAUCAUCAAACCUGGGCACCAAUCUGAUGGCUAUUGGAAAAGCGAAAACAUGAUUCAGCAACUUCGUGAUAAG